AUGGAGAAAAACCCUACCUUAAUGAGUAAGGGGAUAAGUGAGCUGCGGAAGACGAGUUCCCCACAGCAGACCCUUUUGUGGACUCGUCCCGUCAGUGAGAAAAUCCACCCCAGUAAAGCAUUUCAUGCGGUCAGGCUUUAUUAUGAGAAACAGGCUGAGCAGCAGAGGAAGACUUCCAGCGUAUCCAGUGAUUUUUCUGACUCGGCGGUGCUUCAGAGCUGCUUCCUGAAACGGCCAGGAUGUCCUCAGUAUUGCCACCAGGCCACAUCAGCCUCCCUCGCAGAGAGCAGCAUUUUAAAGUCUGGGGAUCUCCCAUCCAACCUCAGCACCAUGAGUCUGACUUCCCAGAUCUCCCUGGAAGACUGGAAUUCCCUUAUCCAAAAUCCCGAAGUUUGGGACUCGAGAAGUCGCAUCAGAUUUUGUCACUCUUUGUCCUCGGAAGUCGUGCUGCCCAAGUGGAAGAGCUUUACCGAAGGCAUCGUCCCCCCCAGCAACAUUAAAAUCCGCUCCGGGAACAAGAUGCCAUGGUACAUCCCUGUACUUCACGAGAAGGAUGUGAGUCUGAAUAAGAUGGGAGAGGAAUUGGCCCGCCUCGCUCCUUACGAAGCCGAGUGCACCCGGAAGGAUGCCGUCAUCGCGGUCCUGCGGGAAGAGGUCGAGGCAAUGCAGAAACAGCUGGAGCAGCUGCAAAAAUGGCAGGCCACGUUUUUAGGGAGCACUUCGAUUGAGGCUGCAGAAUGGGGCUUCAGCCAGCUGCUGGGCACCAGCUCCUUGUUGCAGCCGGAAUGGAAGAGCACUCCCUCCCUCCGUCUGGAUCUGGCGGAUGAAUCCAGCCAGGAGUUUGAGCGUCUGAAAGCGUUGCUGAGCCAAUCGGAGCAGAAGCUGGACUCGAAAGCCUUGAUCCUGAAGAAGGAGCUCUUGAAAGACCAGGAGGAGCUGGAACAGAUGGAGAAGGAGAGCCUGGUGGAGCUGGAGGACGACAAUCUUUCGAGCAGCGACUCGAAAUUGGGGGAAGGGGAAUCGAGCGACCGGGAGGAAUCGGAGAGCACCUUGAUCCUCUACAAGCUGUUGGAGUUCCAGAAAGUGAACGAACUCCUGUACGAAGAGCUGCAGAAAGCGCGGAACGAGUACGAGCUGGCCACAGGCGCGAUUUCAUCCCUGCAGAGACAGUUGUCUUUUGAGGAGUCCCAACUCCGGAAAGCUCAUGUGGAUCAAGAGUCGUUGCAGAAGGAACUCCGGGAACGAGGCGAACAGCUGGAGGCCAUGUCUAAUAAGUUUUGCAACUUGCGGGAGGAGAGGAAACACAAGGAAAUGAUGGGGUCCAUCGAGAGAGAUAAUUGCGAACUUCGACAGGAGGUGACCAAACUGGAAGCCCAGCUGGCGGACCGUGACCAGACCAUCCACUCUUUACAAAGCAACGUCCAGCAGCUUCAGUCGGAGCUCCUGGUGAACCAGCAGCGCAGCGGGAAGCAGUUGAGCAGCCAGAACGAACUCCAGAAGCAGCUGGAGAUUUUGCAACGGGCGGAACAGCAGACCAGAGUCACUCUGGAGAGCGUCAGCGCCCGGUUUGAAAGAUUCCGCAGCAAAAUUAUCCAAGCUGCUUACAGCACUCCGGGCACCAAGUCUCCACAGGCUGAAAUCACCGACGAGGAGGUUUUAGAGGCCUUGCAGAAAAUCAUAACCGACCGUCUCGACUUCCACCAAAUGUUGAAGCAGAAAGGGGUAAAAGUCCCGUCGCUCAGCUCCGAGCCUGCCCCGCCGACGACUCACAAGAAAAAAGCCGGAGGAAAAUAA